AUGCGCUCGGAACUCGGCUUCUCUGCCUGGACUCUGCUGCCUUGGGAGGCGACUCGUGAGUCGAGCCGCACCCCCGUGCGUGCGUCACCUCCGCUCUGGCGGACAGGCCACUGGCACCGCCGAGUGGCGCCGAGGGAGCCUCUGCGCUUGCGCCGAGCAGAGCUCGGCGGACCUCUGCGCGAGAACGCACGCGUCCAUCUCUCCAGCCUUUCAUCAGUUCAGGGGCAAGUUCAUCCUACUCUUGAGUCCAAUGAUGAUGCUCUUCAGUAUGUUGAAGAAUUAAUUUUGCAAUUAUUAAAUAUGCUAUGCCAAGCUCAGCCCCGGAGUGCUUCAGAUGUGGAGGAACGUGUUCAAAAAAGUUUCCCUCAUCCAAUUGAUAAGUGGGCAAUAGCUGAUGCCCAAUCAGCUAUUGAAAAGAGGAAGAGAAGAAAUCCUUUAUCUCUGCCAGCAGAAAGAAUUCAUCAUUUAUUAAGGGAGGUUCUAGGUUAUAAAAUUGACCACCAGGUUUCUGUUUACAUAGUAGCAGUAUUAGAAUAUAUUUCUGCAGAUAUUUUAAAGCUGGUGGGGAAUUAUGUAAGAAAUAUACGGCAUUAUGAAAUUACAAAACAAGACAUUAAAGUGGCAAUGUGUGCUGAUAAGGUAUUGAUGGAUAUGUUUCAUCAAGAUGUAGAAGACAUAAAUAUCUUAUCUUUAACUGAUGAAGAGCCUUCCACCUCAGGAGAACAAACUUAUUAUGAUUUGGUAAAAGCAUUCAUGGCAGAAAUUCGACAAUAUAUAAGAGAAUUAAAUCUAAUUAUAAAAGUUUUUCGAGAACCCUUUGUCUCCAAUUCCAAAUUGUUUUCAUCUUAUGAUGUAGAAAACAUAUUUAGUCGUAUAGUAGAUAUACAUGAACUUAGUGUAAAGUUACUGGGCCAUAUAGAAGACACUGUAGAGAUGACAGAUGAAAGCAGUCCCCACCCAUUAGUAGGAAGCUGUUUUGAAGACUUAGCAGAGGAACUAGCAUUUGACCCAUAUGAAUCAUAUGCUCGGGAUAUUUUACGGCCAGGAUUCCAUGAUCGUUUCCUUAGUCAGAUAUUAAAGCCUGGGGCAGCACUUUAUUUGCAGUCGAUAGGCGAAGGCUUCAAAGAAGCUGUGCAGUAUGUGCUGCCUCGGCUGCUGCUGGCCCCCGUGUACCACUGUCUGCACUACUUUGAGCUUCUAAAGCAGUUAGAAGAAAAGAGCGAAGAUCAAGAAGACAAGGAAUGUGUGAAACAAGCAAUAACAGCUCUGCUUAAUGUCCAAAGUGGCAUGGAAAAAAUAUGCUCCAAAAGUCUUGCGAAGCGAAGACUGAGUGAGUCUGCAUGUCGAUUUUAUAGCCAGCAAAUGAAGGGGAAACAACUAGCAAUCAAGAAAAUGAACGAGAUUCAGAAGAAUAUUGAUGGUUGGGAGGGGAAAGACAUUGGACAGUGUUGCAAUGAGUUCAUAAUGGAAGGAACUCUUACACGUGUAGGAGCCAAGCAUGAGAGACACAUAUUUCUCUUCGAUGGCUUAAUGAUUUGCUGUAAAUCAAAUCAUGGGCAGCCGAGACUUCCUGGUGCUAGCAAUGCAGAAUAUCGUCUUAAAGAAAAGUUUUUUAUGCGAAAGGUACAAAUUAAUGAUAAAGAUGACACCAGUGAAUACAAGCAUGCUUUUGAAAUAAUUCUGAAAGAUGGAAAUAGUGUUAUAUUUUCUGCCAAGUCAGCUGAAGAGAAAAACAACUGGAUGGCAGCACUGAUAUCUUUGCAGUACCGGAGUACCCUGGAGCGAAUGCUCGAUGUAACGAUGCUUCAGGAAGAGAAGGAGGAGCAGAUGAGGCUGCCUAGUGCUGAUGUGUACAGGUUUGCAGAGCCAGACUCUGAGGAGAAUAUUCUGUUUGAAGAGAACGUGCAGCCCAAGGCUGGGAUUCCAAUUAUCAAAGCAGGGACUGUGAUUAAGCUGAUCGAGAGGCUUACAUACCAUAUGUACGCAGAUCCCAAUUUUGUUCGGACAUUUCUUACAACAUACAGAUCCUUUUGCAAACCUCAAGAACUACUGAAUCUUAUAAUAGAACGAUUUGAAAUUCCGGAGCCUGAGCCAACAGAAGCUGAUCGAAUAGCUCUAGAAAAUGGAGAUCAGCCACUGAGUGCAGAGCUGAAGAGGUUUAGAAAGGAGUACAUUCAGCCUGUCCAGCUGCGAGUGUUAAAUGUGUGUCGGCACUGGGUGGAGCACCAUUUUUAUGACUUUGAAAGAGAUGCAGACCUUUUACAAAGAAUGGAGGAAUUUAUUGGAACUGUAAGAGGUAAAGCAAUGAAAAAAUGGGUCGAAUCCAUCACUAAGAUAAUCCAAAGGAAAAAAAUUGCAAGAGACAAUGGCCCAGGUCCUAAUAUUACAUUUCAGAGCUCACCUCCCACAGUUGAGUGGCACAUAAGCAGACCUGGGCACAUAGAGACUUUUGACUUGCUCACCUUACACCCAAUAGAAAUUGCUCGGCAACUCACUUUGCUUGAAUCAGAUCUAUACCGAGCUGUGCAGCCGUCAGAAUUAGUUGGAAGUGUGUGGACAAAAGAAGAUAAAGAAAUUAAUUCUCCCAACCUUCUGAAAAUGAUACGACACACUACUAACCUCACUCUGUGGUUUGAAAAAUGUAUUGUAGAAACAGAAAACUUAGAAGAAAGAGUAGCUGUGGUGAGUCGGAUAAUUGAGAUUCUACAAGUCUUUCAAGAACUGAACAACUUCAAUGGUGUCCUUGAGGUUGUCAGUGCUAUGAACUCAUCCCCUGUUUACAGGCUAGACCACACAUUUGAGCAAAUACCAAGUAGACAAAAGAAAAUUUUAGAAGAAGCUCAUGAGUUGAGUGAAGAUCACUAUAAGAAAUAUUUGGCAAAACUCAGGUCUAUUAAUCCACCAUGUGUGCCUUUCUUUGGAAUAUAUCUCACUAAUAUCUUAAAAACAGAAGAAGGCAACCCUGAAGUCCUGAAAAGACAUGGGAAAGAGCUCAUCAACUUCAGCAAAAGGAGGAAAGUGGCAGAGAUAACGGGGGAGAUCCAGCAGUACCAAAACCAGCCUUACUGUUUACGGGUGGAGUCAGAUAUCAAAAGGUUCUUUGAAAACUUGAAUCCAAUGGGAAAUAGCAUGGAGAAAGAAUUUACAGACUAUCUUUUCAACAAAUCCCUAGAAAUAGAACCACGGAACCCUAAGCCUCUUCCAAGAUUUCCAAAAAAAUACAGCUAUCCUCUAAAAUCCCCUGGUGUCCGUCCGUCAAACCCAAGACCAGGAACCAUGAGGCACCCCACACCUCUGCAGCAGGAGCCAAGAAAAAUUAGUUACAGCAGGAUCCCUGAAAGUGAGACUGAAAGUGCAGCCUCUGCACCCAAUUCUCCAAGAACGCCACUGACACCUCCUCCUGCGUCCGGUGCUUCCAGUACCACGGAUGUUUGCAGCGUGUUUGAUUCUGACCAUUCAGCAAGCCCUUUUCACUCAAGAUCUGCUUCUGUCUCAUCUAUAAGUUUAGCCAAGGGCACUGAUGAAGUGCCCGUCCCCCCUCCUGUUCCCCCUCGAAGAAGGCCAGAAUCUGCCCCAGCAGAAUCAUCCCCAUCUAAGAUUAUGUCUAAGCACUUGGACAGCCCCCCAGCUAUUCCUCCUAGGCAACCCACAUCAAAAGCCUAUUCACCAAGAUACUCACUCUCAGAUCGGACCUCUGUAUCAGACCCUCCUGAAAGCCCUCCCUUGUUACCACCACGAGAACCUGUGAGGACACCUGAUGUUUUCUCAAGCUCACCAUUACAUCUCCAACCUCCCCCUUUGGGCAAAAAGAGUGAUCAUGGCAAUGCCUUCUUCCCAAAUAGCCCUUCUCCCUUUACACCACCUCCUCCUCAAACUCCUUCUCCUCAUGGCACAAGAAGGCAUCUGCCAUCGCCACCGCUGACACAGGACGUGGACCUCCAUUCCAUUGCUGGGCCUCCUGUUCCUCCACGACAAAGCACUUCUCAACUUAUCCCUAAACUUCCUCCAAAAACUUACAAGAGGGAGCACACACACCCUUCCAUGCACAGAGAUGGACCACCUCUGUUGGAGAAUGCCCAUUCUUCCUGAGCUCCUCUGUCUGGGAUGUAUAGUUUCCUAGCCCCAAAUCCACUGCUGGCAAUGGAUGCACUGAACAUGCCAGCACUGAGGAGUUGAAGUGAAAACUCCAAACACUAAUGACUCUGAUUCAAGAUACAGUAUAAGACAAUGAAUGAAUUUUAAUGUACACUUCAUUACAGAAUAAGACGGUAUUCCAGCUUAGAAUGUGGAGACUGAUCUAGAGGAAUUAAUUGGACAAGUGAUUGAAGCUGAAAGCCACGUGAAGGGACUUUUCUGGCCAAUAGGCAAGAGUCCUCAUUUUGUGAAGUAAUCUUUAUCAUUAAAGGGAUGGAAAACAGCCUAAUGUCCAACAGGCCCAUAUGUUGACAGUUUUUGUAAAUCAAAAUAUCAUGCACUUUUUAAAAAAAAUCUUAAACAGGGAUCGUAUCCGCCUUUGUUUUCCUUUGCUUUAUUCUUCUAUUUUAGAAUAUUUUCAUAAACAUCAUUCAGAGGACUGUGAGAAAAGGCUGCAGUACCUGACCUUGUUGAAAUCAAGGCCCAGCAUUGUACUGCAGUCCUGUUUACAGAUUAUUACAAUGAAUUGAAUGGGUACCGAGGCUUCACCAAAGAGGUACUUUUUGUUAUUGUUAUUGUUUUAAGAAUAAUUAUACCAAUUUUAAGAACAUUCCCUACCUACCCCCACUCACAAAGUGUGGUGGUGUUGCCUUCCAACAAGAAAUUUCAUGUCAUUAACAUGACGGAAGAGGAACUUUUUAAAUUGUAACUGUCAAGUAUACUAUUUACACUUAGGAGACUGUUAAUCUAUGCUAGACUGUCAUCCUCCUUCCCCCUUGUCUCACAGGAGUUUACUGGUAACAUAUGUCCUGGCUUGUGGCUGUCCCUCUAACCAUACUGCAGAAAUCCAAGCACCCAAUGUGAAAAGGAGCGCUCUCUGGGCCUCACUGACACUAUUCAUGUUUUACUAAUAGUUGAGUAGUCAGCAUACUUAGAAUUACCUUUUAUUGCCUAAAUCAUGUGUAUAUAGUGAAUGUUAUAUAAUAUACCUGACAGGUCUGUUUUUAUUUAAUUAAAUAAAGUACUUUGUUUGGCUGGCAUAUAUUAAAUUAUUAUAUGGAUAAAAUGAUUGAUUCUUAUUUCUUUCGGGUGAAAAACAUACAAACACUAAGCAUAAAAGCACAUGGGUGUCUAAUUCUUACAGAAUAAUCUGAAGUUGGGAGUUUGGCAGAUAGAGAAAUACUGGCUUAAAAUGGGAUGGGCAUAUUUUAAGCAGAACCAUGCAGAUUUUUUUAAUUUCUCAAACAACCAUACAUGUUUGUUAACAUUUACAUUCUACUUUGCUUAAGGUCUUUGGUUGUGUCAGAGCUAUUCCUUAGAGAAUGUCUACCUGUAUCAUUAAUAUCAUGUGGUUAUUCAUGAAGCCUUGUACUGCUCCUCUGAGUCUAACAAAUACUGUGACUGAAAUGCAUGCAACUUGAAUAGACAAAGUUGUAUUACUCUCCACUAUGUCUGUGAACCGUGUAGUAUUCCAUUCUUAGACAGUCAUCCAUGUGCAUGCGUCCUCAACAAUGAAGCAGCCUUCAGUAAUUUUGUGAACUGUGCUGCAUCAUAGUAGAAACUUAGCCCAUUAAUAAUUUCUUGUGAUAUUUAUUAGAGCACUAAAUGUGCAUCUCAAUAGUACAGUGUAUAGUCUUCUAAGAUCAGAAAGGACAUUCAUUGCAUCAUCAUUAAGCAGUCUAUCCUAUCACCUUGUUUAUUUGUUAGAGUUGAAUCUUCUUCACUUAGUGUCUGUACCAUUCCUAUUAUGGUAGCCAUUUUCUUUGUAAAAUGUCUCCUCUUUUAAAAGUUAAUUUCCUCAAAAGUUAAUUUCAAAUCCCUUCUUGGAUGCAAAGUGUCUAUAAGACCAUUUAUUGAACAAAUGACCAUUCAUUCAACAAAGGUAACUAGCUAGGCCUACUUACGAAUGCUGCUCCAUAUUAUUGUAAUGACAUCCCAAAUUCUCCUGUGACAUAUUAGACAAGUCUAACUGUCCCUAUAAUUUCCCAUGGCUUACUGAUCACAUUUUGAUCAUACCAUCCCUACUUCAAAUGAGAACCUAAGAAAAGCAACUUUAGAUAGAACCCAUUCAGUAUCUCUGUGACAAGUGCUGUCUUCAACAGGGUGGUGACCCUUUCACUCUGCUUGAGCCAACAAGAGAGGGAUUGCUCAGAUUUGGAGUUAAUCAUAUUUCUUCCAAAGUGAGCUGUUCUCUACUCCACUGUUCUAGAAGACCACUACACCAUGCAGCUAUUUUAUAUACAUCAUGGGUAGAGGAUAAUUUUAUUCUCAAAAAUAUUUUCUGUAGUGGUAACUGAUUUUUUCAAAGUUCUGAUUGGAUACCCUGAGGUAAAGGUGAGAAAGCUAUAUCCUUGUGUUAAACAUUAUCUGGCUGACAAAUUUAUCCUUAGUCCUAACUAAAAUGGACUUUUUCGGGAA